GAAUGGUGGACAAGUGACUCCGUAGCAUCCGGCCAGAGAGCUUCUGCUGACUGUGCGAGAUGGACGCAACAGUCGUCCGUCAGCAUUUCUAGCUAAACAUCUCUUUUUUUUGAGAUCUUCUCCGAUUAAGCAGUUUUCUUCAGACAGUCAAUAAAAAAAGAAACCUCCACAUUAGCACUCUCGUCAAACUCUCCACGCUACUUCCUUUCCACCAAACUUCGGAUACUUCUACUCCGGAACACUACAGAUGGGAUCACGCAAAAUACGCGCAAAGUUACCGUGAAAAUCAUAAAGAUUCAGCAAAGUAAAACAAGAGUGCAAAAAAAAGCUACUUGCAAGAGCGAGAAAACGAACUGAGAAGGAGGAAACUGUGUGAAUAAGUGCGAAUUGUCUGUGAAGUGGCGCCUUUUUAUUCCUAAUAAAUUCAAUUUGUUAGUGCUGAUUUAAUUAAUUACACCCUAAUUGAUAAGUGUGUGAGGGAAGUUCAACAAGUGGAAAGGCUUUUUGGUUCACCUUUCUUCUCAUACGGGAACUGUCGUUGAUAAUUUCCUUCCUUUUAUUUUACAAACACAAGUGAAGACAUUCUUAACUGACUUUUUAUUGUUUAUUUCUCAACUUUUCCGUUUUAUUUUUUUAAUUUAAAAAGGAAGACUCUAAAGUUACGACAAAAUAUUUUUGUUGAAUUAGUGAAAGAUUUGUCGGCGGAAGGAAAGAAGAAAAAUUCAUCAAACUGUCGGCGUUGUCGAUAAGAAACUUCUCAGCAAAUAUGCUGAACAAUCUCAGUGCAUCCAAUCUUGGAGAACAUUUUGAUAUAAUUGCAGCCCAGAAAGAUUGUGAUCUGCCCAAGUCGGCAAUAACAUCCCUCCAUUCAACGAACACCUUCGGUCAACUUCAGACAUCUGGAACAACGGACACAAAUGGGAGUCGUCUGCACGUAUCCAGUGGCAUCUGUGAGCCCCAUUCGAUUCAUCAGGAUCAGAAUUCUGAAAAAUCUGGGAAGCAGAAGAGGCACCGUACACGCUUCACGCCUGCCCAAUUGAAUGAGCUGGAACGAUGCUUCUCCAAGACCCACUACCCAGACAUCUUUAUGCGUGAGGAAAUCGCCAUGCGAAUCGGCCUCACUGAAUCCCGCGUCCAGGUGUGGUUCCAGAAUCGACGUGCCAAGUGGAAGAAGCGAAAGAAGACAACCAAUGUGUUCAGAACUCCAGUGGUAUCAACUCAGAGUUCCGGCAUAAACAUUUCCUCAGCAAUGGGUGCCGGGAGUUACCAGCACUAUGGAUUGAAUGCACUUGGUGAUACAAUGAUGUAUCAACAUUCAACGGUUGGCGGCGCGGGUGGUGGAGGUGGUGCAAACAACGGUAGCGGAAGUGUAGCCGCAGCUGUGGGUUGUGGCCCCGGAAGCUCACCGACAACUUCCUCCCCGCCCAAUAUAAAUGCAACGGGUUGCCCAUCGAGUACCCCGCCGCUGUCCAACUCGCAGCCCAAUCCUAGUCAGAGCGAUAAUAACGGCAACAGCGAAAUGGGUCAGUCACAGAACGCCAAUCAUGGCCAUGUGCCCAAUUGCCAGUCGCUUCCGUCCAGCGGUGGCGAUGGCGAUGAGGAUGUGUGGCGAGGACACAGCAUAGCCGCACUGAGGCGUCGCGCUUCGGAGCUGAACGCCACAUCAAUUCCCUCCUAUUUGCACACCCACAACUACGAGCACCACAAUUCGGUUUACUGAGACUUCCUCGAGGGCGCCGAUCUCGGCUACUUCAGCUGAGUCCCCUCCACUCACCCCCUCGGAAGACGCCCGCCAGCCAGUGUGGAGAAACCAGGAGGCGCAACACCUCCAUGGAGACUCAAUGUAUACGAUUUUCACGACUGUGAAUUACAUUUUAAGGCACAUUAAACUGGACACCCUCCCUUUGCAGUUAGAGCGGAGUCCUACAACCAAUACUGAUGGAAUUAUACGAAGAAAAAGAAACUAGAAGUGAAAUUAUUAAGUAAUCUUAAAGAGAAAAAGAAAACCUAAACUUAAGAAUAGUAAUUCAAUGUACAGACUUAACUCAUGUAUACGAAGAUAAAAAAAAGAAUAAAAAAAACUACAAUGGUUAAAAGAAAAUAAAAUUAUAGGGAUUUUAUUUUACUCACUUCAACACUCACUGAUCCUCCGGAAGAAAUACACAAAUAAACGGAUUUGCAGAAAUACUCAAAGAAAAAGAAAGAAAAACUUAUAUUCAUAGACACAAACCAUAAAAUAACUGUAAAAGUAGUUGAAUAAUUUGUACAAAAAAAAAAGAAAAUAAUUUAAAUUUAAUGAAGAAAAAAAUCUAAAUCAACCAGUGUAUACCAUUUUUUGGCAAAAAUGAAAUGAAAAUACAUGUAAUGUACGAAAAAUAUUGUAAUCUAAAAGAUGAAAAAAAUAAAUUAAUUAAUUGUAAAAUUUCCAAAUCUUUGGAAUGUGGAAUGAGAUGAUUUUAAGAAGUGAAAAAAAUUGUCAAAGAAUACGAGAAAAAAUUCAAUGAUGUGUACUUUUUAGGCCAUUAGAUAGAUCGUUUAGAUAAUGUAUAUUUUUAAAAAAUAUUGUCUGGAAAAGUUACAAUUGUGGAAAAUAAAAUGAUGUAGCAUAAAAUAGUCGAAUUUGUUUUUUUUAUUAAGCUUGAAUUGCAAAAAUUUAAGAUAUGAUUAAUGCUGCU